AUGACAGCGGGCGAAGGCCUUAUCUUCGUGUCCAUUUCAGUCCAGAACUGGGAGAUCUUCUUGGCGUCCUCACAGAACGUGCCCUUCAAGCUCCCGACUGGGAAGAAAGACGCCAUAUCGAUGCGGACGACUCGGAGCGGCACUCUCGAUGACUUUAACAGUAACCCUCGCGUCCCAACGGAAAUGUAA